AUGUUGAGAUUACCUAAUUCAAUUGGAAGUAAAUUAAUAAAUCCAAAUUUUAAUUAUAAUAUUUCGCGAAUUAGUUGUUUUAAUAUUUUGAGAAUUAAUUACUUUAGUACAAAUGUAUUUAAUGACAAAACUGUUGAUUUUCAAAAUUUACCAUUUAACGAGAAAUUUGUAAAUAAUUUAAAAUCGCUUGGAAUUGACAAUUUAAAACUUUUUCAAUACUACACUUUUAAACUUUUAACAGAUAAAUUAGCCUUUUUACCAUUUAAUUCCCUAAUAAAUUCCCGAAUUAAUAAUGAGGAAAGGUUAAAAAUAGUAUUAUAUAAUGAUUUAAAUACUGGUAAGACUAUUGGUACUUUAUUACCAUUUUUAUAUCGCUUUUCUACAGCACACUCAAACUACAAUGAAACUACUGUAAAUGGUUUCGAUAGAAAACUUUUAAUAAUUUGUAAUAAUAAUAAUGAAGUGAAAAAAUUAAUAAAUUUCAUAAUUAGUGUUGAUUCGAGUCUUAACAUAGCUCAAUUAACUGGUUAUAACAUUGAUAAUGGUGUUAAAGCUGCUUUUGUUUUAGUGUUGGAUAAACAUUUAAUACAAAUUCGUGAAUCUGUUUUAAGGUCCCAUGACUUUGAAUUUGUUCUUUUUACUAAUUUUACAGAAACUAUUAACUGUAAUAAUGUUGGAAAACUUUUAAAACUUUUUAAUAACUCCAAUGUUAUUUGUUUAAUUAACUCACUCGAUGGAUUGAGAACUUUUUCUAACAAAUAUCUACAAAACUUUUCACUCUACAAUUUUGUUCAAGGAACGAGGGAAAGGUUAAUUGGUGAUAAAAGAACAGAUUUGUUAAAACUGGAAAUUGAUUUAAAUAGAACAAUUCCAAUUACCGAUGAAAAAACAGAAAACACCAAUAAUAAUAACGUGGUAAAGGGUGAUGUGGUAGAGAGUUGUUUGUGUAAAGUAUUAAAGAAUAGGAAUAAACUUGGCGUGAUCAGGAAUUUAAUCUAUUGUAAUUACAAUUUACCAACCUUUUUACCGUUAAACUUACUACAAAAGUUAACUACAGUCAAGUUCCGGAACAAUUGCUUAAUAUUUACAAAUAGGAAAAACCUGAGCAAAAUGGCUGAGAUUGAACCCUUCAAAUCAUUAUCAGUGCAAUUACAAAACUGUGUAAAUUCUUACGAAAGAGCUGAAAAACUAAAUUUAUUCAACUCACUCAACAAACCACUACUUUUAACCACUCAGCUACUAAACUAUAAUUUAUCCCUAAAAAAUGUUAAUUUAGUCAUAUUUCACACCUUUCCGAGGGAGGAUUUUUAUAAACAUUUACUCAACAAUUUGAGUAAUAAUAGUAAAAUAAUAAUAUUGUACAAUAAAAUGGAGUAUGGUAAACUUAUUGAAGUGGUAAAGAAGGUAACAAAAAAUGUUAAAGUUCAAACAAUUCCUUCAAAUCAAUUUAUAUUAAAUUAUAACCUUAAAAUUCUGAAUAAACUAGUAAAUAAUGUAAUAAAUGAGAAAAGGGAAGAGUUGGUUCCGUAUUUAAGAAAAUCGGAAGAAUUAAUCAAGAAAUAUAAUAAUUCAAUAAUUAAUUACUCGGUUAAUUUAUUAAUAAAUGAUAAUGUUAAUAAUUUUAAAAAUUAA